AUGAAAAUCCUCAUUGCCACCGAGAAAGCAUUUGCCCCAAUAGCCGUUAAAGGUAUUCGUGAGAUAGUAGAGAAGGCUGGCCAUGAGCUUGUGUUGCUUGAAAACUACAAGAAGCCUGAGGAGUUAUUAGAAGCCAUUAAAGAAGUCGAGGCUGUGAUCAUUCGUUCAGACAAAGUGACUCCAGCUGUUGUUGAAGCUGGAAAGAAGCUUAAAAUAGUAGUGAGAGCUGGUGCUGGAUAUGACAAUGUCGACUUACCAGCUUGCACCAAAGCCGGUAUAGUAGUCAUGAACACACCAGGUCAGAAUUCAAAUGCAGUUGCUGAACUUGCUAUUGGUAUGAUGAUCUAUGCGUUCAGAAAUAUGUUCCAACCCGGUACUGGUAUUGAAUUAAGAGGAAAGACUCUUGGUCUUGCUGCGUGUGGUAAUGUCGGACAAUGUGUGAAGAAAAUUUCCGAAGGUUUUGGGAUGCAAGUUGCUAUUUAUGAUCCAUAUUUGAAGAUGGAAGGAAAAGUCGAGAAACUUGAGGACCUCUUUGCUCAAAACCAAAUUGUUUCCCUCCACAUGCCAUCUACUAAAGAAACAAAAGGACUUAUUGGGUACGAUUUGGUGAUGAAAAUGCCAAAGAAUGGACUUUUGGUCAACACGGCCCGAAAGGAAAUUAUUAAUGAAGAAGAAGUUAUUAAAGCUAUGAAAGAGAGAAAGGACUUGAAAUAUGUCACUGAUAUCGCCCCAGCUAGCAAAGAGUUCGAGGAGUUUAAGGGAAGAUACUUCACUACUCCGAGAAAGAUGGGAGCAGAAACUGAAGAGGCUAAUGUCAAUUCUGGUUUGGCUGCUGCAAGACAAAUCGUUGCGUUCUUCGCCACCGGUGAUAUUAAGUUUAAAGUCAAUUAA